AUGCACAAAAGACAACGUGAACUUCCAAGCACCUCAACCGCUAUUCCAGAAAAUGCGACUUCGAGACCUUUUGCAAUAAACCCUCAAACAGAUGCCCAAACCAACACGCCAACUCGUGUUAAAUCUAAAUUACCGAAUAGAACGACAAAGACCUCACAGAAACUCACUCUUUUCCCCGAGGAACGACCACAAGUCGAAGAAGUGGGUGAAACUUAUGAUCAAAUAGAUAAGAUCCCUGAAGGAACUGCGCGAAUUGACGCUGAAAAAUUCACGAGCGAAGAACGAGAUAAGCUCCCUCGUGUUACGGCUUAUUGCACUGCUUCAGCUUAUCAAUUAGAUGAUUUGAUGAAACAUCUUCAAUCGUGUCGAAUUCAGAAUAGCACUGCACCAAAACGCAUGGAUGAAUGUCCUUUUUCUUUUCAGCCACCAGAAUCUCCACCUACAGCAAAUCUUUUAGGAAUCGAAAACCCCGAAAUGUCAUCGCCAUUUGACUAUACUAUACCAGAAGCGUGUAUCUUUGAGUAUGGUGUAGUUGUGAUAUGGGGUAUGACUGAACAAGAAGAACAAAAGCUAUUGCGUGAAUUGAUGCCCUUUGAAGAAGAUCGACUUGCCACCGAGGAUAUUGUAACUGAAGAGUUCCAUUAUCACUAUGCUGCUUCUUAUCAGCCCAGGAUCUAUAAUGAUGUCAUAACCUUAAAGAAUCCCGGAAACUUUAUGAUAAAACUAACAAUUUCUCAUGCUGUCGCUCAAUCUGUAAAAAUGACCUUUUUUGAAGAGUUGAUCGAAGAUACAAUCGAGUCUACAAAACAUAUACCAAAAACUAUGGCCGAGACUGGUAGUGUUCAAAUGUCAAGUAACAUCUUGGAUACUCCAGAAAUUUUCUGGUCCGAACCUGCAUAUGAGGAGCUGUAUAAGGCUAUAAGAGGUUACUUGGAGAUUUCGCAUCGUGUAGAGCUCCUAAACCAGCGAGUCGGCGUGAUAAGUGAUCUUUUGGAUAUGUUGAAAGAUCACUUGACCAGCACUCAUGGCGAACAAUUAGAAUGGAUCAUUAUCGUUUUAAUCGUUGUGGAAAUUUUCGUCGGUUUGAUGACUAUUUUCAUAGAAUCUCUUUCAUACUCUCUAAAAAAAGGUACACCCUAA